CUGCGGGCGGGCCGGAUCGUGGCCUCCCUGCCCUGCACCGGCGUCUGCACGGGCCAGGCGACCAGGGACAAGGGCCCUGGACCCCCGUCCGUCCGUCCGUGCGUGCGUCGGUCCCGGCGUGGCCGCGGCCAUGGAGCCUGCAGAGCAGAAGAUCUCCGUGUGGAUCUGCCAGCAGGAGAAGCUGGUGUCCGGCCUGUCCCGCCGCACCACCUGCUCCGACGUGGUGCGGGUGCUGUUGGAGGACGUCUGCCGGCGGCGCCGGAGGGGGCAGCGGCGGGGGCGGCGGCGGGGCGCCGCGGGGGCACCCCCGGGCCCAGAGUUGCUGCCGGGGCCUCUGGACGAGGACGACGACGAGGACGACGAGGAGGACGAGGAGGACGAGGCGCUGUCGCCGGGCGUGCUGUGCGGGCCCCCGCACUGCUACUGCAUCGUGGAGAAGUGGCGGGGCUUCGAGCGCAUCCUGCCCAACAAGACGCGCAUCCUGCGGCUCUGGGCCGCCUGGGGCGACGAGCGGGACAACGUGCGCUUCGUGCUGGUGCGCAGCGAGGCGUCGCUGCCCCACGCGGGGCCCCGCAGCGCCGAGGCGCGGGUGGUGCGGAGCCGGGAGCGCCCCUGCUCGGCCCGGGGGGGCCCGACGCGGCCCUGCGCCGCCCCGAGCCAGGACAAGCAGCGGCGGCUGGUGCGCAAGGCUUUUCGCAAGCUGGCCAAGCUGAACCGCCGGCGCCACCAGCCGCCGCAGCCCGCACCGCCCGCACCGCCCGCACCUCCCGCACCGCCCGCAUCGUCCACGUCCACGGCGUCGUCCACCACCAGCACCGCCUCGUCCGCCUCGUCGUGGUCCCCGCCCGGCCCCGAGGGCGCGUCGGCAGAGCGCAUGGAGACGCUGGUGCACCUGGUGCUGUCGCAGGACCACACGAUCCGCCAGCAGGUGCAGCGGCUGCGGGAGCUGGACCGCGACAUCGAGCGCUACGAAGUCAAGGUGCACCUGGAGCGCGUGCGGCGCCACGGCGCCAACUACGUGCAGGACACCUACCUGGUGGGCGCCGCCCCGGAGGCGGACGGGCCGGGCCGGGGCGCCGAGCCGGGGGGCCCCGAGGACGGCGAGGCGCUGGAGGAGCUGGCUCGGCGCUGCGGAGACCUGCUGCGGCUGCAGGAGCAGCGAGCCCGGCAGGAGGAGUUGCUGGAGCGCCUCUCCGCCGAGCUGCAAGAGGAGCUGAACCGGAGGUGGAUGCGGCGGCGGCGGGAGGAGCUGGCGGCCCGGGAGGAGCCGGUGGAGGCCGCCGGGGGCGCGGACAGCGAGCUCUUGCUGGAGCAGGAGCGGCUCCGGACGCAGCUCAGCACCAGCCUGUACAUCGGGCUGCGGCUCAACACGGACCUGGAGGCCGUCCAGUCGGACUUGGAUUACAGCCAGCAGCAGUGGGCCAGCAAGGAGCGCGAGCUGCGGGGCCUGCUCCAGUCUUUGCGCACCGCGGAGCAGGCGGCCGCGGCGCCCCCCGGAGCUGCCGGCCCGGACGCACCUGGCGGCGAACCCGGGGCUCCGGCCUGUUCCGACGUGUGGGUGGACCAGGCCCGCGGACUGGCCAAGAGCUGCUCCGGCAACGACGAGGACUCGGAUACCGGGCUGAGCUCUAUGCACAGUCAGGACUCGGACUCGGUGCCGGUGUGCGAAUCACUAGUGUAGCAGGGGCGCGGGGGGUGGGGGUGGGAGAGGAGAGACUGAGGUUCUGGGUUUGAAACCCGGCUGGAGGUGCAUCCCCUUCCCCAUGCUCCCGUAGGGCCUCA